GGAAUAGAAGCAAAAAUAGGAUUCACUUUAUCGUCUUAAUUCAAAUGGCUGCAGCUUCUCUUCUAUCUCUCUCUCUUCCCAAACCAACCAUACUCAUUCCAAAAUCAACCGCUUCCACCAUAACCACCCCUUCCGUUACCACAUUUACAGAGACGCUUGAUCAGAAAUUCGGCCGCAAAGGCAUCAAAUUCUCAGAGUUCGACGGAACUCAGAUCGCAGAACUGACAGUCAGAAAUGGCAGUUCGUUGAAGCUUCAAUUGAACAAUGCUCAUGUCACUUCUUACAAGCCUAAAGUAAACUGGAAAGAUAAUGAUGGAUUCGAAGAGGUUUUAUAUACUACUUCUGCUGCAAAAGGCGGAAUCGGUUUAGUGAUUAAUACAGCUGGUGAUGCUUCGAAAUCUAAAAGUGUUGAUUUAUCGGAAUGGAUCGUUAAGGAUGCUGAUUCCGACUCCAUUGAUGCUCUUCAGAUGGAGUUGAGUUGUACCACAAGUGGAACUCUUGACAUAACCUAUGUUAUCUCCCUCUAUGCCCUAAGCAUGGCAACCGCAGUUAUAAUAAAAAAUAAUGGCCGAAAACCAGUUGACCUAAAAACCGCUAUACUUAGCCAUCUAAAGUCUAAAAAUAGAGGAGGAACUGCCAUUCAAGGCCUCCAAGGUUGCAAAUAUUGCACGCAGCCUCCUUUAACUUCUCAGUUUGAGAUUCUCUCUCCAUCCGAAGCAGUAAAACCAGAAGAUCCAGCCUGGUUUUCCCUUGGGUGGGAGCCUGAGAAGAAAGGAGGAAUUUGGAGCGUGCAAGAUUUGCCACUCACAAUUUUGAAACAUAAAGUUAGUAGAGUUUAUGGAGCUCCACUUGAGGAGAGAUUAAAAGAGUUCUACAACACUCCUCCAUCAAAAUACGAGACCAUUGAUCAGGGAAGAGAAUUGUUCUUCAGGGUGGUAAGAAUGGGGUUUGAAGAAAUUUACGUAUCAAGUCCGGGAUCAUUAUCAGAGAAAUAUGGAGAGGAGUAUUUUAUUUGUACAGGUCCUGCAACGAUGUUGGCUCCAAUCACCAUUGAACCGGGUGAAGAGUGGAGAGGGGCGCAAGUGAUCGAACAUGAUAAUUUUGUUUCCGCUGCGUGUACCCUGUCUCAAUUCCUAACACUCUCUACAUGGAGAAUUGACCAACAUGAUUGCUGUAAAUGGAGUGGAAUCACAUGCAACAACAAAACAGGUCAUGUCACAGGGCUUCAUAUUGACUCCUAUGGUCUUGUAGGUGAGAUAAGCCAUUCAUUGCUUAAUUUAACCUACUUGAAUCAUCUUGAUCUUUUUGGAAAUUAUUUUCAUGGAAUCAUUCCCACCUUCAUUGGUUCUUUAACUCGAUUAAGGUACCUUGACAUUCGCUAUAACUCUCUUUAUGGAACCAUUCCUCAGGAGUUUGGAAACCUCACCAAUUUGCGGGUGCUUUACCUUGGAUCCAUUGGAAGGUAUGGAGUUGAAAACAUAGAGUGGUUGUCUCAUCUCUAUCGUUUGGAGGAACUUCAAAUGGAUGGGAUUUCCCUAGCCAAACAAAAUCAUUGGGUAGAUGUAAUUCUAAGUCUUAGGAAACUCUCAUAUUUAAGUUUAGAUGGAUGUGAGCUCUCACAUGUUGUGUAUCCAUAUUCUUCUUCAUUUUUCAACUCUUCUUCAUCUAUUGAAUCCCUUUAUCUUGGAAACAACAAUCUCACCUCAUCCAUGUAUCGUUGGUUGUUCCCAUUAACCACCAAUAAGCUUCGUGUUCUUGAUCUCUCUAGCAACAUGUUAGAUGGGAUACCCAAAUAUCUUGGUAUUAAUCUCUGUAGAUUGGAAGCUUUGAGUCUCGACAACAACUCUUUAGUGGUUGAAUUUCCUGAUUUUCUCAACAACUUGUCUGGAUGCGCAUCACUUUCAUUAAAAAUGUUGUAUGCUCCAAGAAACCAAUUUACAGGGUCAUUAUCCAGUGAGAUCCAAAAGUUUUCAUCCAUAACAUCUUUGGACCUAUCUAAUAAUCAUUUAAAUGGAAGCAUAAGUGAGAAACUGUGGGAACUACCUAGGCUUCAAACUCUUGACUUGUCUUUUAAUAAUCUUAGAGUUCCUUCCACAUAUCACUUUUCAAACCUUUCUUAUGUAAAGUAUAUUGAUCUGACCUCUUGCAAGCUGCUAGGGUCUCGCUUCCCCAAAUGGAUUCAGACAUUCAAGAAUCUUACCUUUCUUGAUCUUUCCAAUACUGGAAUUUCAGACACAAUUCCUCUGGAGUUUUGGGACAUGUGGCCUUCUCAAUUACAACAUCUGAAUCUCUCCUCCAACAAUAUUAGCGGGAAAGUACCAGAUUUAUCAUCAAAUUUUGCCCAGAGUUCAGUGAUAGAUUUGAGUUCCAACAGAUUUUAUGGUCCAAUACCAAAUGUUCCUUCUACUUUAUCAACAUUAAACCUUUCCAGAAACAAAUUCUCUGGAGGGAUCUCCUUUAUAUGCCAAAUUGUUGAUGGGUUCUUAUCAUUUCUUGACCUCUCUCAUAACUCAUUAAUCGGACGACUCCCUAACUGUUUGUGGAAUUUCAAACACCUAAGAGUUCUUAAUCUCGGACACAACAAUCUCUUUGGAAGCCUUCCUCCCUCUAUUGGAUCUUUGAUACAACUCAAGAUGUUUGGCAAGGACAAGAACGCGAAUUAUUUAGCACUCUGA